AUGGACUACAUAGUGAAAGGUUUGGUAGGCUCCCUGAGACAUCAGAUCGACGCAUUGCCAGACACCGGUGCGAAACGCAACUUCGUGUCUCAGCAACUUGUUGAGAAGCCUGGGCUCGUGCCUAAAGUCCGGAUUAAAGAAAGGUUCCGGCUGCCAACGGGGGCUACAGUCGAGUCUUCCGGUACCGUAGACGUCCCUUUUACUUUCUUGGGAGAAGCAGAGAAUUAUCUGCUUGAUUGUUGCAUCCUCCCCAAAUGCACACAAGAUCUCAUCCUGUGUCAAGCGUUUCUCAAAGCGACAGGCACUUUAACCAAGUUUACCGGUCGUAUCACGAAAUCGUUGAGAAAGUUUACUUCUCGACUAAGAUUCAGCCUCAUCGAGGAUGAUACAUGCUGUUUGCAGGGAAAAUUUGACAACAUACCUUCGAUUGCCCUGGCGGACACAGGAUGUGACGCGAUGCUGAUAUCAGCAGACUUUGCUAGGCGGCACUCCCUGCAAAUUGAUAAGAGUUUUGAGCACAGGCGUACUAUCGAGUAUGCCGAUGGGUCCUUAGAUACCACUACUGGUAUCGUUUACGAUUCCACUUGGCAGUUUAGUAGUUCUUGGGAUUCGAUCCCCUGUAACUUCUAUGUCCUUGACGAUCUCAAAGCAGAUAUCAUAUUGAGCAGUCAUUUCAUCUUCGAACACAAAGUAUUUUCGCAAUUCGAGGAGGAUAUCAUUGAUACGAGUCUCAUGCCUGGCCGAGAUUUCGGAGACAUUUACAACAUUCGGCUGGUUAUUAGCCACUACAGCUCUGCAUUGAAGCACCUGGAGGCCUCCUCCAUCGCUGAUAGUAAGACCACCAGAAAGCCUAGCGGAUGUCGACCCCGAGAACGGAGUGCUAAUACUACUGCUUAG